AUGACAAAAGAAGAGCGGAGAUUGGAUGAACUGAAAAAAGAAACGAUUGAACAUCCCAACAGUACGAUAUCAUUGAAGCGGAUACGGAGGGAAGAUUCCAUGGAUCUAGUGAAUGAGCCUAUGAACAACCAGGGUUUAUGCAAUAAACAUGAAGUGUUCAUGAGUUUUAUGAGAGGAGAAGAUACUCAAGAAUCUUUCCCUUACCGUCUCAAUUCCUCUCUAAAGAAUGCUGGAAUUUGCAUUAUCAAAGACGAUACUGAGCUUAACAGUGAAUAUGAUAUCUCAAUCAAACUGUUGCGAAGCAUUGAAGGUUCUGGAAUUUCAAUAAUUAUGUUCUCUGAACACUAUGCUAGUUCCAAAAGGUGCCUCGAUGAACUUGCAAAAAUCAUGGACUUUCGCAGAGCACGCUACCUGGUAGUUGUGACCAUUUUUUAUGGUGUACAUCCCUCUGAUGUUCGCGAUCAAAAAUCUAAUUUUGGAAAAGAGUUUCGAAAUCUUGUACAAAGAAUUUCACCCACUGAUGAUCAAGUGUCGAGGUGGACGGCAGCUCUUAGUGAAGCUGGACGCAUGGUUAAGUUUGUUGUGCCUAAUUCCAAAUCCAAGAAUGAAAGUGAGGAUAUUGAGAAUAUUGUGAAGCAUGUUCGUUGUAUGCUGGACACGAAAGACCCGUUUGCCACAGAUAUCCUAGUUGGAUUGAGUUCUCGAGUGCAAGAAGUGAUUACAAUGCUUCAGAAUCAUCAGUCAAAAGAUGUUGUCUCUGUAGGGAUAUGGGGAAUGGGGGGUAUUGGCAAAUCAACUAUUGCUAAACUCAUUUAUGAGAACAUUCGUCCCCAAUUUGAGAGUUCAUGUUUUCUUUCAAACGUCAGGGAAGCUUGGGGAAUGGGACAAGGAAGUUCUUUACAAAGUACACUUCGUGGAAUGAUAUGUGGACCAUCAAAUAUAAGCAUAGUUGGCAUUGAAUUAGGAAGCAUAAGACUUUACCUUAAGAAGGUACUUGUUGUGCUUGAUGAUGUGAAUCAGUUGGAGCAACUAGAAGCUUUAUGGGGAACUCGUGAAUGGUUUGGUGAAGGGAGUAGAAUAAUCAUUACAACUAGAGAUUUACACUUACUUGAGGCCUUUCAAGUGGACCAUGUCUAUGCCAUGAAACUCUUGAGCAAUUGUGAGUCCACUGAGCUUUUCAAUAGGUAUGUAUUUAGACAAGAAAGUCCAGAAACAUUCAUCGAGCUUUCAAGAAGAAUGGAUGGGAGUCAGCAUUGA